UUCCAAAUGGAACCCCCGCCUCCUUCGCGGGGAACCCCCAAAUGGAACCCCCCGCGGCUUCGUCAGUGGGGACGGGAAGCGUCUCCCUUCCUCUUUCAGCACUUCUUCUGCGUGGUCAGAACCGAACCACAGUCGAGCGCGGUGGAGCUCCGUCCGGCGGCCGAGGGGUGAGACGGCGCUCUCGAUGCCCACAUCUCUCUCCACGGCCAGCCCCGCGCUGCCGCCCAGCUCCGCUCUAAUCACGUCUUCCACAAACGCGACCACGGAGGAACCUUCAGCUUCUCCCGGAGCUCCAUGCAGCCUAAUGUUUCUCCUAGCACGGCCCUCCAGGUCAGUACCUUCAGCGGGAUCGCUCGCAUCUGUGAGCGCGUCUUUAGCGCCAGUGUCCCGGGCUUCUGGGCUUUCGUCUCCGCCAAACUUUCUUCCACCUCGCCCAAGCGCUUCACCGCGUCGUCGAUUCGAGGGACGGUAUCCUGGAGCUUUUGGUGACUUCCGGCUGUGAGUUCGUUUAGUUGUUUUUUAAUGCCUUUCGCGGAAUUCAGCAAGUUCUCUCCUCAGCUCCAGACCUGCUCCUCAGCUCCAGACCUACUCCUCAGCUCCAGACUUGCUCCUCAGCUCCAGACCUGCUCCUGCCGUGACUUCACUCACCACUUUGCGAAUUGAGCUUUAGGGUUGCAGGGUCUUCUUCUCUGGCGGCGCCAUCUUUUGCAUCUUGUCCUGUCCUUCCCUUCUUGGAUUUGGCCUUCCAUCUCUUGCCUUGAUGGGUCGAAUAUGCUAAAUACCGGGGAAUUUAGAGAGGCUGAUGCAGGAGCUGACUUACUAUGCUACCCCACACCGCGCCAACCGGAAGCCCAACCUUCAUGUUUUUGACUGAGAGACUCCUGAUUGUUUCAUCUAAAAAUCUCAAUCACUAUUUAAUUUAUAAUGAAUAUUUAUUAAUAUUUCAAUAAAUGGGUUAGAAGUCAAAGUCUCUCUUUCCCUCUCUCAACCCUCUCUAUCUCUCUGCGAUUAAUGAGGGUCAGUGCGUGUCCUGAUUUGUGUACCUCCCUGGACAGCUGAGUGCUUUCUCUGGUCUCUUAUAGUAAACGUCCUGGCAUGUGUACGGAUUCUAUUGAUUCGUUGAGUCAUGAAGUCUUGCAUGACUGAGUUCUUUGUUGUCUGUGUCUUCCUGAUGACCAUAUUCACUGCAGCGUCUCAUUCAGCUGUACCCUCAGUGAAAGUGAAGCGUCAUAGCUCUGCUACACUGCCCUGCUCUUUCCGUUGUUCUGGUUCAGUUACGUGGAAGACCGUACAGAGGCCAGGUGAUUCUCUAGGUCACUGUGGUUCAGAGCACGCUUCAUGCUGGCUGCAGGAGGGAUAUCAGAUGUCCCAUGAAAAAUACCAAACAGGCAAUCUCUCUCUCACCAUCACUGACGCAGAUUUUAGGAACAGAGGCCUCUACACAUGCCAGUGUGAUGGUAAAGAAGUGUGCAGUGUCCAGCUUCUGAUCGAAGUACUGAAUACUUCACUUCGACUGAACUCUGAUGAAUCCCUGGUCCUGGAUUUGGAGAUACCGGAGGAAGUGGAGGUCAUUUAUAACAGUACAGGUGCAGAUGGACCAUUCAGUGGUCAGAUCUGUACAGUGGAUGGACGUUCAUUACGGUGUAAACCUGAAUAUAAACAGAGAGUGUCAACUGCUCUUAAGCUGAGAGCAGUGACUCCUUCUGAUAGUGGGGUUUAUACUGUAAUGGACAAAAGGAACGAAGAGGUCAUUCACACCUACGCGGUGAUAGUGGAGUCAGCAGGAGGAAGUGAUAAAGUGAAAGAUGACCAGCCAGAUCACUGCCCAGAUAAAGGAGCUGGUGAACCAAUGUGGCCUCUUAUCAUUCCACUUGCUGUGAUCAUGGGAUUUUUAGUGUCGGUGAUUUUUUGGCAGAUAAGGAAAAUUAAGCAGCUCCAGAUGAAGAUUGCACUAAAUGCAACUGUUGAUAAAGGACGUGAAGGAGCACCUGGAGCAGAGUACACUGAGGAGCCGCUGCGACAGCAACAAGAGAUGGUGGACAGGCCUCCUGGACAGUGGACAGGCGCUCUGUAACUGAAUCGUCUGUUUAGACAUUAAAAUGAAUCAGACCGAGUGAUUAAGCUCUAAACUGAAUAGAGCUGGAGCUCCAGUAAACAGAACAUCUGCAGUAAAAACCCUCAGACAGAUGGUUCUUUACCGGAAGGAGCUCUGCAUCACACUUGAAAGUGGUAAUGGAAUCUGUCCACAUGGACUUCAUCAUAUUCAUGACCAUUUACAACGAUACAUGAUGAAGAUUCACGGGUUCUACACUAAUAAAGGCCAUACAGCACAGGCCAAAAAUCACACAAAUGUAAAAUAUAGCAGAACAUAUUAAAAAUAAGACCAAAAUAGAAAUGUAAACAAUAAACUAAGAAACGAAUGAGGUCAAGGUAAAAUUAGUAGUAAAAAUUGAAAUAUAGAAAUGAAAAGUACUAAAAAGCGAUUAAAGAUUAGAACACAAAUUGUGUGUCUUCGGCUGCCUCUUGACAUGAUUGCUUGAUCUCAGUUUAUAAUUUAUUCCAUUAAUUUGCUGCAUAAAAGCUACAGAAGCAGUUCAGUACAUGUACAACAGUGUAACAGUACAGCACCUUGAGAGACCCCAUUCUCAUGUGAGACUUAUUUGCUGAUUUUUCCUCGGCUUUUAAUAAGAUGCAGCCUCACAUUUUGAUUGAGCGGUUGGCUUCUUAUUUUGUUCUACCUGAUCAGCUGUUGGUGGUGCUUUUAGAUUUUUUGACUGAUAGAAUUCAGCAAGUUUGGGUGAAUGGCCGUAUGUCUAGUACUAUGGUCUCGAACACAGGCGCACUUCAAGGUUGUGUCCUUUCUCCCUUGCUUUUCAUCAUGUAUACAGACAGCUGCAGGAGUUUUAGAGAGGGCAGCUGUCUUGUAAAAUUUUCUGAUGACACUGCAUUAUUAUCUUUUCUUCAGGGUUCAGGGUCAGAUCAUGGUUGUGCUCUUCCAGCUGUUGUUACGUGGUGUGAUGAGCACUUUCUUGACCUUAAUGUGUCAAAAACUAAGGAAUUAAUAACUGAUUUCAGGCAAAACAAAAAGGAACCAAGAGCUAGUGUCAUACAUGGAAAAGAGGUACAGAUUGUGGACACAUAAGUACCUGGGGACAGUAUUCGAUUCUCAACUUAAAUUUGAUGCGAAUACAGAGCUGGUUGUUAAGAAGGGUCAACAAAGAGCUCAUUUAUUGCGUAAACUGAAUUCCUUUCAUGUUUGUCAUUCAGUGUUGUGUAGUUUUUACCAGGCUUUUAUUGAAAGUGUCUUAACCUUUUUGUUUAUUUGUUGGUUUAAUGGGCUGUCGGUGAGGGACAAGAAUAGCCUGAAAGGCAUUGUAAAAAUUUGUUCAAAGAUAAUUGGAGUUCAACAGAGAGACCUGGUCUCCCUGUGGGAGAAACGAGUGGCUCAGAAAGCAAAAGGAAUCAUCACUCAGGGUGAUCAUGUUUUGUCCAGUGAAUUUACGGUAAUGCCGUCAGGUCGGCGUUAUAUUACGCCCUUCAGUAGAACAAAUCGCUAUUCCAAAUCUUUUAUUCCUUCUGCUAUCAAGCUGUUAAAUGUGGAUAAUAGUCUUUUUAAAUGAUAGCUACAUUGUGUUUGUGUGUAUAUGUGUAUAUGUGUAUAUAUGUAUAGUUGUGUGUGUGUGUGUGUGGACGAGAAGGCUGCAAAUGAAUUGCCCUCUGGGGACUAAAAGUACUGUGAACUGUGAACAGGCUGUAUGUUAUAUGUGCUUAUUCAAUAUUUAGGUGUUAAGUUAUACAGUGCUGCUAAUAUUUGUGGGAGUUUGUCGUGUAUUAUAAAAGCCAGAUGUAGUCUGGGAUAUAAAAAUAAAAUACUGGAAUAUUGA